GAAAGUAGCGUAAAAGUGUUGGAUGGGGAGUCCCUGCGAGUGAGACUGGGACACUACUCGUCUUCUUUAAUUAUAUUUUUUUACUACUUCAUAUCAGAAAAAAGAUGUUUACCAAACCUUUCAAGAUUAAGUCGCAGACCCAGCUUAAGGGUUCUGACAGGAAAAAAUUAAGAGCAGAGCUGAGCAAAAUGUAUCCCAGUCUCACAGCAGAGGAUGUCAACAAACUGGUCCCAAGUAAAGAGGAUGUCACUCUCAUCAAGAUGUAUUGCCAUAGAGGGGAAUCAGUCAGUGUGUACCAGGUACAAAAAGAUCCAAUGUUUUUUAUGAUUGAAAGAGAAAAGGAGAUAUACCCUACGGUGUACAUGUUGUGGAAGUACCCCAACCUCUUGCACACAUUUACUACCCAAGAUCCUGUCAUUGAUGUCUUGGUUGGGGGAGCAGACCUUAUGUUACCUGGCAUUGUUGUGAAAGGACAGCUGGGCCCCACAGCUUACGGGAAGUUUGAGAAGGGUCUUCCAGCUGCUGUGAACACCUUAGAGAACAAAGCACCCCAAGCAGUUGGCAUCACAGCUCAGAGCUCAAUGGAUAUGUACAUGUCAGCUAGACGUGGAAAGGGUAUCACCAUCCUGCAAGUUUACCGUGAUCACUUGUGGGAGUUAGGCUCAAAAUCCCCUCCCCCUGCCAUGGGCCCUGCGUUCUCUGAACCAGUUCCUCAGUCUGCAGAAAACUUAGGAACUAAAGAAGAAGCAGAUGUGUCAGACCCUGCAAAAGAGUCCGGGACAAACUCCCCCUCGGAAUUAGCUGAUGAUGUUGAGGAGAUCAAGCUGACAGAUGGACAGUCCCCUGACAGUGACCCUGGAGUAGAUAUGGGCUCACAACAGGAGGAAGAGGCUGCACAAGUUAGUGGGCCAGAAGCUAUGGACAGGCUCCUUGUCCACUGUUUCCUGAAAGCAUGGAAAACCUCAGCCAAGAAAGUGGAAGUGCCAAUCCUAACAAGCAAUUUCUAUCGCUUGCAUAUGGUGCCAGCCUGCCCAGAUGGUGCCUCGCUUGAUAUUAAGAAGUCUUCAUAUAAAAAAUUAACUAAGUUCUUGAAUGAAAUGGCAAAACAAGAGAUAAUACAAGUGAAAGAAUUCCCAAAAGGUGUGGAAAAUAUCACGGCUGUGAACUGGGUCCAUGACGACCUCAUAAGCUUUGUUGUAGAUAUGGAGGAAACUACUGUCAAACAAGUGACCAAUAGUGGUGCUCGUACUUUUACUCCCCCCCAGAUUGAGGAGGUCUAUCAAGUGUCUGGGGAUACAUUGCAGUUCUAUAAAGCCAAUGGUCUUUGCAAAGGUGAUGUCUUGGUAACAAAGGAAGUCAGAGAAAUAGUCACCAGUUAUAUAAAGAAGAAAGGUCUCCAGAAGAAAGAUGACAGGAUGGUUAACCUAGACCCAGUGCUCCACGAAGCUGUUGUGAACAGGAAGGAAGGUUAUAAAGAGCAGUUGCGCUGGGACGAGAUCUUUUCCCGCAUGCUAGGCAAGAUGGCACCUGCAAUAAGAAUUACUAGACCAGGAUUUAAUCCGGUUAUCAGGAAGGGCAAACUGGAACCAAUAGAAAUCAAUGUUGCCAAGAGAAGUGGAAAUAAAAAGGUAACUUUGAUAUACAAUGCAAACAUUUAUGGCAUCGACGAAGCAGAAUUUGCUCAUCAGAUUCAGGUUGGAGUUGCAGCAAGCACCAGUGUAGGACCAGCCGAGCACAAACCCCAAGGAACAACACAAGUACUUGUACAGGGAAACCAAGUUGCCUUUGUCUCUAAGUUGUUGUUAGAAACGUAUCAUAUACCAAGAAAAUACAUUAGAGGCAUGGAAUUGGCAGCUAAAGGAAAGAAGAAAUGAAAAGAGGCUCUACCACCUGAAAAGACAAACCGCUCACUGUGAUUGUAUUCUGCAUGUUGUGUUUCGAAGUAUAAAUGAGGAAUUCCCACACUUAUGGCACUCGGAAAGCAUAAUGCAGCUCAUCAUUUUUAAUUGACUGAAACUUUUACAGUCUGCAGUUGCUAAUGAAAUUAAAUAUUCCUUGACAAAAAUAAUAUUUCAAUUCUUUUUCUUUUAAAUUAAAUUUUGUGAAUUUUUGUCUUUGAUAUGAUGUGUAUAUUUUUUUUUACCUAUUUUUAGUCUUGUCAAACAGAUGCCCUUAUUGUAAAUUUUCCACUUAAUCAGUUUUGUAUCGUUUCUCUCUGUAAACAAAAAAUGAGGACCAGAUGUGAAUGAUAUAAUGAAUUUGAAGCAAAAGAGUUUGAAUUCAUUUGGAAGCCUUUAAUAUCAUGUAUAAGGUGCAUAGAUGAACCGAACUGAAUAAUUCCAUUUUCUUGACUGAUGCAGUGGUAUUCUCAUAACACCUGGGCACUCAAUCUUGAAAAUAUACAAUGUUGUAAAUCAGAUGGACACCUCAGCUUAAAGAAAAAAAAAGAUGUAUGGUGUCCUUUAAAAUGAGUUGAAAACAUAUGCAUUGUAAUUUGGUAUAUAUAGAUAUUUGAAUCAAAAUCUGUUACAAAGGACAUAAUAAAGAUAACAUGUAGAGUGGGUGUUGAUGAUGAUGAUGA